AUGUGGGUUCUCUUUCAAGAGAAGAUGAUGGAGAGGUCAAUCAUCAGAAAGUGCUGCAACAAUCAACUCUGGCUGGUUAUUCUCAUCUCCUUUGUUUUAUGCUUUGUUUUGCUUUGCUUUAAUUAUUCAGCUUUAACUGGAAACCAAGAUGGGGUCACUGCUGUUUUGGCGGUCAGUAAUGAUGAAAAUUUAAUCACUGCCCAGAAAUCAGAACCCCUUCAGUUUACUAGUAGUCUCAAUGAAACCCUCAUUAGACCAAACAUAACAAAUUCUAUUACCGAAGAAACUAGUAAAGAUCAGCAAAGUGUGGAACAGAAACCAGUUGCAGAUUCUUGUUUAGGUAAGUACAUUUAUAUUCAUGAUCUUCCUAGGAGAUUCAACCAAGAACUGAUUGAUAAUUGCGAGUCAAUCACUGUUGGGACUGAGCAUAAUAUGUGUCCUUACUUGGUUAACUCCGGUCUUGGUCGUGAGGUAGAAAAUUCUGAAGGGGUUUUGUUAAACAAGAGUUGGUACUCAACAAAUCAGUUCUUGUUAGCAGUUAUUUUCCACAACAAAAUGAAGCAGUACAAGUGCUUAACCAAUGAUUCUUCACUUGCAUCAGCAAUUUACGUUCCAUUUUAUGCUGGUCUUGAUGUUGGUAGAUAUCUUUGGGGUGUUAAAGCAUCAAUAAGAGAUCAAUCUUCUUUUGAUUUUGUCAAGUGGAUGGUUUCACAACCCGAGUGGCAUAAGAUGUGGGGUAGAGACCAUUUCUUGGUUGUAGGGAGGAUUUCAUGGGAUUUUAGGAGACAAACUGAUAAUGAAUCUGACUGGGGCAGCAAGCUUAGGUUCUUGCCAGAAUCUAACAACAUGUCAAUGUUGUCAAUUGAAUCUAGUUCCUGGAACAAUGAUUAUGCUAUACCAUAUCCAACUUGUUUUCAUCCAUCAAAAGACAGUGAGGUACUUCAAUGGCAAGACAAAAUGAGAAGGCAAAAAAGGCCAUACUUAUUCUCUUUUGCUGGUGCUCCAAGGCCUGAUCUCCAAGACUCAGUCCGUGGCAAGAUCAUUGAGGAAUGCCAAGCUUCAAAGAAUUUGUGCAAGUUGCUGGAGUGUAAUUAUGGUGUUAACGGUGCUAUUACUUGCGAUAAUCCAGCUAAUGUGAUGAGGUUGUUUCAAAAUUCAGUUUAUUGCUUGCAACCUGCAGGGGAUUCAUACACUAGGCGAUCGAUCUUUGAUGCAAUUUUAGCUGGGUGCAUUCCAGUUUUCUUUCAUCCAGGCACGGCUUAUGCGCAAUACAAAUGGCACUUACCAAAGAACUAUACCAAAUAUUCUGUGUUUAUACCCGUGAAAGAUGUUAAAGAUUGGAAAGCUGGCAUCAAUGAGACACUGCAACGAAUUCCGGAGGAAAGAGUAAUGUCUAUGAGGGAGGAGGUUAUAAGGCUCAUUCCAAGGAUAAUAUAUGCAGAUCCCAGCUCAAGACUGGAGACCUUUGAAGACGCAUUUGAUUUAGCAGUUAAGGGAAUUCUUGAUCGAAUAGAUAGAGUUAGGAAUGUCAUUAGAGGUGGGGGUGAUCCUAGUGCUGGUUUUGCAGAUGGUGAUGAUUACAAGUACACAUUUUCUGGGUAUAUGUAG